UCUUCGGCGGAUUGAAUCACUGACGCGAAUUUUUGUAGCCAUGAAAAAGACUAGUUAAUAAUCUUAAAAUUUAGCACAUCAGCUCCCAAAUUUUUUGUUGUUGCGUAAUUAUUUUGGUUUUCACAAUGGCUUCCAGUGGCCAGAUACCUGAUCGGCAAAUCACUUUGUAUCAUUUUCAGUCCUCAUAUUUCAGCCAAAUGGCUAGAUUGGCAUUUGUGGAAAAACACAUCGCUUAUGUGAGCAAAAUUGUAAAUAUACUUCAAGGAGAAACAUACGCUCCAGAUUUUGUGGCCAUCAGUCCGGCGUGUGAAGUUCCGGCUAUCACUAUAUCAAAUGGUGACAGUAUUACAGCCAUCAGUGGAUCGCAAGAGAUUAUCGACUACCUGGAUAGCAUUACCACCGAUCCUGACCCAUUUUACAAUCAGCAGAAGGAGCAAAUAAAUGCAUUCCGACAACGAUGCGUUGAUCUUCCCAUGGCCGAAAUUACACUGGGAAUCGUUCGACAUCCGCAUCUUCUCGAGGGAACUAAAAUUCCUCAAAAUGUUAUCGAUAAUUUUUCGCGAAGAGUUGACCGGAAGCAGCUUAUGAUUGACAACAUUCAGCGGUAUCCACAUCUGGCCCACUUCUAUCAGACCAAACUGCAGCGAGUAAUUGAGGUGGAAAACAAUUCGGACGAAAACACACUGCGGGAAUUAUUAGCCGAUUUGGACACCUUUCUGGAUCAGGUUAAUGCGCAGUUGCGCACUGCUGCUCGGAUGCAUGGUGAUCACGACGGAAAGCAUUACGAUGGAUGGCUUUUCGGGCGAAACUUCUCCAAUGCCGAUAUUGCCUUGGCCACACUGCUGGCGCGAUUGGAUCUUUUGGGAAGAGCGGGACACUUUUGGGAUAUGACGGAAAGAGUGUUUCUAGCCGAUUAUUACCGACGGCUAAAAGAAAGGCCGUCAUUUCAACAGGAAUGUGUGACUAACAUGUCAUAAGAGCACGUUUCCCGAAAUGGAGUAACUAGUGGAUGGAAUAUUGUCGGCCGGAUCGAGUUAUGAGGAUGGUGUCAAAUUAGACGCUACUAUACCUAGAACGAAGUAGAUACACUUAACUUACUUUUUUAUCUUUUUUAUAUUUUUUAAAUUUUUUUCAGGCUGUUGUGAGUCUGCAUAGCAGCUGAUUGCUUAUUGUUAGAAAUAUUGUGUUAUCCUUAUUGUUUUUGAGUCCUUUUUUCUGUUAUCAAACGGCUGCUCUUAUACA